GUAUUACCGUUAGUUGUCAAACCCCGAAAUAGACGCAGAUUCCACAGAAGAGAAAAAUCAAAACAAAAAUAACAAUUUUCCAGCAUAAACGUACCGUGCAUUGGCCGCGCGUGGUGCACCGUUCAAUUUGUCGCACCACUUCUCAACCCUGCCCAGCACCGAUGGGUGUUUUGUGGUGUUAAAAUAACGAAGGCUCCAUUGUGUUGAUCCGAUCGGUGAACAUUGCCCGGCAACGUGUGUGGCUUUCGCUAUUCAGCAAGCGUAGCAACCAUCGUGAGGAAGCGCCGUAGCAACGACGUGCCAAAAUCGAAAACCUCGUGGCAGACGGUGUUCUGCUGCUACGCACCAUCACCUUUCGCGCUUUACCGCAAUGCGUAAGUACCAGCAGCUGGCCCUGGUGCUGCUGUCUGUAACGUGCGUCGUGAUUUUGUUGGUGUACAAAAGCGAAAAUAACCGACUAAAAUAUGUGCUGGAAGUGGUCAACAUUUUCGGCCGCAACGAUGCGGCAAGCUUAAUACGCAUCGAUAACAGUAGCCGGUUGCAUAGUUCACCGUACGAUUUCGACAGUCCGCUACCGGCCUGGCAGCGGCUUGGCGAUGGUUUCUACGUGUAUUCCUCGUUCUGGCAGAAAAACGAACUUGCAGCGGGUGGAACGGUCAUCAGUAUAGCGGUCGGGCUAGAGCAUGCCGCAGUCAAUUUCAAAUGUCAAAUACAGCACGGCACGGGUGAUGUCGCUACCGGGAAGCUCCAUUUCGUACGUUUGGUACAUCCGACCGGUUCGGUCAAAGCACCCAAUGGUGAAGUUUUUGUUGUGUACAAGCUGCUCUGCAAGGUAGCCAGAGAUUUCGGACAACCAACGGAGAUCAUAUUUACUGACACAACCCAAUCCAGCAAACGCUAUGUACCGCUUCGGGUGCUGGAGAGCCGAUCCGUUCAGCAAAGGAUGACCAUGACGGCGUGUGUCGAUAUGAGCGAUUAUUUGGAACUGGAGGAAGAGUUCCGAAUGCCUGCCUCUGUGCUACAGUACUUCCUACACCACCAAAUUGUAGGCGUGGAAGAUUUUAUCGUGUACAACAGUAAUGCGUUAAACGGAGUAACCACAUCACUGCUCUACAGCCACGGCAUUAAAAUCAAUCUGUUGCCGUACAAUUUCCCCUUCGAUUUGGCCGACAAGCAGCAAAACCGGUUGCUCAUCGAAAUGGAUUGUCUGAUGCGCAACUACAACGCGGCCAAGCUUACCUUCGUCGGUGCCAUCAACGAGUAUAUGUACCCGAGUUCCCGGCUACGGGUGAACAACAAAUUCCUCAAGUACGCUUGGAAAGUGUCCAGCGACGUGUCCCGGUUUGCCAUCGCCAGCCGGUCGGUGUGUAUCGAUAAGCGAAAGAAAAUAUUUUCCGACAACUUGCUGUACGACGUGGACGCCCAUCUUAACGCACCGAACGAGCGUCCGUUCUAUGUGUACAAACCACAGGACUACAAUCGCACAGCCGGAACGCCGGAUUUUGUAAAAACGCUUGAUGUCGAUCGAUCCAUGAUCUUUGUCCACCGGUACGGGGGGAAAUGUAGUAGCAAAACGAAUCUACACGACUGGACCAGCAGCCUGCAGCCCGACUUUCUACAGUACUUGACGGAUGUGGGCCGUGAGCUCAACAAACUUAUCUUUCGAUAAGCUAGCUCAUCUCCGGGAAUGGGUUGAUUUGGUGUAACUGUGGUAAUGACGAGAAGUAAAGGAAGUAUCGAUGAGGAUAAAAAGGCCGUGGUGAUAUAUUUGUACCUUACUCUACAGGCCACAGUACACCAAAAAAGGGAAGCGUACGUACAGCUACUUGUUAAGACAAUUCGCUCAAAACGGUACGAAUUAGUGCGAGUACAGAAACAUACACGAAACCCCCCGAAAAAUUAUUAGCUGGCGGGUUAUACAUUAUCCGAUGGUUUCUUUCCAUUUUUUUUUCAUUUUUAUACCAGAGUUUUGUUAGAAAGUUCCUUUGCGUAACCUAUAACAUUAUCCCUACCUAACAAGGAAUAAUAAUAACAACCAAGGCCGCUAAAUACCGGACGAAUCAUUGAUCUGUAUUUGUUCGUACAUUCAUUACGUGAUAUCUACAGAAGAGUAUCUCAAUUUCGACUCGAUUAUAUAUGGUCCUAGCUAGUGCUGCUAGAGAUCAUUUCCUUCGCCAUUCAUCAGAAGUGAGGGGAUAUCAAAGCUGGAAGCAGCCUAUAAAGUGAAUGAUAGAUCUCGGUAGGCAAAUGAUAGCUUGUAAGUAAUUUGUAGAAACACAACACUAUUAGCAACAUCCGUCACGCGAAAAUGCGUGUUCAGAAAUGGUACAGUUUUUAUCGACACUAAAGAAGAACAAUAAUUAUUCAAUCAAAAAUCAACUUCUCCUUCUCUUUAAAGUAAACAAAACCAAACGUGUUUGAUCUUAUCUCACUAGAAGAUUGAACAAAAUUAGAACGAUAUAAAGUUAUUACAUUUUUUCAAAUAAAAGUUCCGCGAAAAUCUAUGAGAAUCAUAA